CGCCAACGCCGUCAACGAUGUCGGCGAACCAGGGCGAACAUUGCGUUACGUGACCAAAAGCACAGGAAGCGACACUGAUUAGCAUUUUGUGUAUAACCUGCUCAGGGACGCUCAUGAAACCCUGAGGGUCUACCAAUCAUCACAAUCAUCAUCAUCUGCGAACGAUCCAAACAGAUCCAACAUAUGCUCUAUUGGCAUGCUUUUUUAUUGUCUUGAUCACACACUUUACGCGAGGAACUGGUGAAUGAUUACUCGUUCAGGAACGACGUGUAUCGCUUUGAUGACUGCCUCGGCGCUGAUUGCGUCCACUGAGUCAAUGUGAGCACUGCAAGAACGUCGACAUGAGUGACAGUAGGAGCGUAAGUCGCGUCGAUAGAACAAGAUUUCGACAGCAUGAUGGUUGAUUCAAUACAGGUUAUGCUGUGCAUGUAACGCAAUUUUGGAAGCCGUAGUGAGGCACUGAUGGAAGGGACGGAAGACGCCGCUACUAUCGAUUUCGGCCACCUCGACGCGGAAAUUCCCAAGAAGCCCACAAAGCACCCAGUAGCUGUGGCAUGUCAUCUGGGCUUCCGAGGGUCAGCCAUCAUCGUCUACUUGCUGUGCCGCUUCUUCACGGAUAGUUUUGUAUCGAGCUUUGUGAGUGUACUGCUGCUACUGUCAGCUGACUUCUGGGCAGUGAAGAAUGUUACGGGACGACUGCUUGUUGGGCUGCGCUGGUGGAACUACGUGGAUGAUGCUGGACAGAGUCACUGGGUCUUUGAGAGCCGCAAGGAUGGAGACAGUUCAGAGGCUGGCAUCUUCUGGGUGGCACUGGUAGCUUCCCCAGCGCUUUGGCUACUCUUUCUAUUUAUCUCCAUUUUCACAUGGAGUUUCCAGUGGGCGAUGAUCUGCACAAUUGCCCUCUGCUUGAACGGCGCCAACCUGUAUGGCUACAUUCGCUGCCGGCUGGGCAACAAAGGCUCCAUAUCAUCUGCAGCAUCCAAUUUCUUUGGACGGCAGUUUCUCAAAGGGGUGUUUAGUGGAGGAGAUGCGGGUCAGCCAAGAGGAACGUGACCCUAGAGGCUCGAUUAUGCAAGCUUCAUCGGUCUAGUCAUUGAAGAUUCCUGAGAGGAACUACCAUUUUUGUCUUGUCUUUCAACUUUAUUUUUUGGUGUCUUUAUAGAAAUAAAGGAAGCAAUGAGCCAUUCCA